AUAAAUUAAACAACCACAUUAACCAUAUAAUAUAAAUUUAGAUUUUUCUGUAUAUUUUAUAAUUUAAAAUUUUAAAACUAAAAAAAAGAGGGCCCUGAGGAGCAUGUCACCCUCAACCCACAAACAACGACUAUAUAUUACCAAAACUAUUAAAAAUCUCACAUUAAUUUUUUUGAACUGUGGUUUAAAAUUUUUGUUAUGAAAAAAUAUAAAUAACUACAAAAUCAUAUAAGUAUGAAGAUUCAUUUUAAUAAAUAUUAAAAUUAUUUAAUUAUAGACCAUGCAAAUAAAAAAUGUUUUUUUGGAUUAAUAAAAAAAUUUGUUUUCGCAUCAAUUUGAUAACAUUCAUAAUAGAUACUGAAUUUUUAAUAUUUAAUAUAUAUUUAUUGUUUAUUAUGUAAUAUAUACGUAAAAAUAAUUUUUAUAUAAUAUUCAUUCUGAGCAAGGCGCGGAUCUUAAUCUAGUUAAUGAAUUAAAUUUUACACUUCUUAAUAAUAAUUAUUUCAAAUUUUAGAAAGAAAAUCCAUCAUAAAGUAAACUUUUUCAUGUCUAUAUAUGUAUCUUACGCAUUUCAUUCUCAUGAACCUACAGAGAAAAAAAAUUGAAGAAAAUAACAAAGAGAAGAAAAAAAAAAUGUCAUCUUCUUCAUCAAGAAACGCCUUUGUGGAUGGCAAAUACAAACCAGAUCUUUUAACAGUGGAUUUAGCAUCUCGCUGUCGCUGCUACAAAACGACGCCAUCUUCUUCUCUGACUCCGCCGCCUCCUCCCAAGUCGCUUUUGGUGGCAACGCCGGUGGAGGAAGGAGAAUAUCCGGUGGUGAUGCUCCUCCAUGGUUACCUUCUCUACAACUCAUUUUACUCCCAGCUUAUGUUGCAUGUCUCUUCCUAUGGCUUCAUUGUCAUCGCUCCGCAGUUAUAUAACAUUGCCGGACCAGACACGAUGGACGAGAUAAAAUCAACGGCGGAGAUUAUUGAUUGGUUAUCAGUCGGACUUAACCACUUUCUUCCACCACAAGUAACACCCAACCUAUCUAAAUUCGCACUCACCGGCCAUAGCCGCGGCGGCAAAACCGCAUUCGCCGUGGCCUUAAAGAAAUUUGGAUACUCAUCGGAACUAAAGAUCUCAGCACUUAUCGGUGUAGAUCCGGUGGAUGGGACAGGGAAAGGUAAACAAACCCCUCCUCCGGUUUUAACCUAUGAACCAAACUCAUUUAACCUAGAAAAGAUGCCUGUUCUAGUUAUUGGUUCGGGACUUGGUGAACUUGCCCGGAACCCAUUGUUUCCACCGUGUGCACCUACGGGAGUGAACCACCGAGAGUUUUUCCAGGAAUGUCAAGGUCCAGCGUGGCAUUUUGUCGCAAAGGAUUACGGACAUUUAGACAUGCUUGAUGAUGAUACAAAAGGGCUUAGAGGGAAGAGUUCUUAUUGUUUGUGUAAGAAUGGUGAAGAGAGAAAACCAAUGAGGAGAUUUAUUGGUGGUAUUGUUGUGUCGUUUUUGAUGGCUUAUCUGGAAGAUGAUGAUUGUGAGUUGAUGAAGAUCAAAGAUGGGUGUCAUGAAGGUGUUCCUGUUGAAAUUCAAGAGUUUGAGGUUAAAAAGUAAUUUUCUUUAGAGCUUGUUUUUCCUAUUUUCAAUAUACAAUAGUCACACUGCUUAUGAAGUUAUAUUUUGUAGUCUUUACUCAAAUGACAUCUUGCCUCAUGAAAGUAACCCGUUCACAUCACAAUACUAGGAGGGUAAACUUAUAUAUGUUUUUUCUGCAAUUUCAAUAAUCAAAAUAAAUUUACAAAACAGAUAUUAAACUGUCUGGCUGGAGCUGGUAGAAAAAAACAAUAUCACAUAAUUUGGUUUCUAGGUCAAGUGUAGUCAGCGUUAGAUUAACCUCAUAGAUAAGUGCGAGAAGGCGCAUGUGUGGUUGAUUCCGAACCAAGAAGAAGUUAAAUCUAGAUAUAUGGAAAACAUUUUGUCCCAUGUCCUCUUGCCUGAAUUGAACAACAUAUGACUUGGUUGGGCCACUUCAUCUCGGAUGCACACAAAUAGUUGUCGAGGUUGCACAUGAGAUUGUUGAAACGAUGUAUAUUGGCAAAGGGAGCUCCAGAUGACUUGAAAUGCAUUGGUAUAUAUGAAGAUCAAAGGAUACAACUUUUAUUUCGUGGCAAUAGGUUAACCAAUAAAGUGACCCCUCUACACGCACAUGAUCAGGUUUACCAAUAAUCCGAUAAGGACAGCAUGAAUGACAUACCUCCAAGCAUUAGUGGUAAAGUCAAAAACCUCGGCUGUAGUAGGGUUUUCUGAACCUAUUUCGAAAGAGGUGUAUGAACCCCUAAAUUUGUCUUUACUGUGAAGUUUGUCGUUUAGGUGCUCACGGGCUUCGGUUGGGCGUGUUCGGAUUGGGCCAAGCAGAGUUUCUAUUAGGCCGAAAGGAUUACAAAGUCCAGGAAUGAGCUCGGCUCUCUACGAGUGCGAGCUAAAGAGUUUGUUACAAAAGCGGGUCCAACCCCAUAACAACCAUCGCCGACUUCAACAUUUAGAAGAGAGUAACGGAGGAAGAGAGUAGAGAGAGAAGUAUCACAGAGGAGAGAGAGAACUUAACGGAAUAGAGAGAUCCAAUCCUGAUUACAGCUCUGGAGUCCACAAAGCUUUCUAUGGUUUCGUUUACGUGUCCUUGUCGUCUUCCAAGGAAUCAAAAGCUGAGGGGUCGUCUUCUUCUUUGUAAUUGAUGUAGUAUUCUUCUCCGGUGAGCUAUUUGUGCAAUCCCUUGCAGUAGCUGCACAAAAAAAACGAUAUCAGUCAAUAUUGUAUUGAUUAGACCAAUAGUUUAGGUAUGAGAGUUUCGUUCUCUCCUCAUACAUGCAGGAAACAAAGUUCAGGUUAACAAUUGCAUAUGUUCUUACUUGCUAAGUUCAUUAGAUUGAUUACAAGUUAAACAUAUAUGAUAUAACUAAAGAACAAUCAGAUUCAAUCUUAACCAGAAUUGAGUUGAAGCUAAAUUGAAACCUUAACAAGUGGUAUCUUUCUAGGCUCAGACAAUAAGGUUCGAUCCGUUCUUGUUCUGAGGAGAUAAGGUUGAUCAGUAUUUCUUGAUGUUACUUGUGUCGUUGAUUGUCUCUCGGAAGUUUGAUCAAAAUGGAAUCUAUUAAUGGAAAGUUUUAAAUGGAGAAGUUCGAUGGAUCAGGUGAUUUUGUAUGUGGAAGUUUAACAUGUUCAUGCAACUUAAACUGUAUGGAUUGGGAUAUAUCUAAACAACUUCUACUAAAGAAGAAACUGAUGUGGAUACCAGUACUAAAAAAGAGACAAAGAAGGAUCCUAUGGCUAAGGAGAAGACACGAGAGCUAGAAACCUUACUUGUUCGAGUUUGACAAAUAUGGUGUUGAGGAAGGUGAUGAAAGAGACGACUGUUAUGGGAGUUUGAAAGGUGAUUCUCAGACUAGGACACCUUUUUGAAGCUUGUUUAUGGUCUCACAAGUCUGGACAUAAAUGUUUCAGAUGAGGAUCAAACAAUAUAGAUCUCCCCAGUCUUCCACCACGAUACAAAUCCUUGGUUCAUACACUCACUACAAGAAUAUCGAGUAUUCAUAGAACACCAGUAUAUAGCAUUUUUUUGUUUUGUUUUUGCUAUGGUUUACGACACGCGGAUUUUUCUAUAGCGUUUGGUUUUAAUGAAAUGCUAUAUUUAAAUAAGACGGAAAAAUAAAUUCGAUACGCGACAUAUUUUUUUUAGCUAAGUGUUUUUGCGGUUACUUAUUGAUAACAUCACAAAACCAAAACUGUUAUGUAAACCAAUACGCGGGAUAAACCUAAAUUUUUGGUUUUUCCCACAAAAAAAUCUAAGGCAAAAACAGAAACCCUUUCACCCUCUCACCUCAGUUCUAUCGAAAUCUUAUGCCUCUCUCUCGAAUCCUCAUUUCACCUCUAUGUUCUAUCGAAAUAAACUCAAAAUCCUCAUUCUACCUCUCUGUUUGAUUCAUAAUCUAUUUCCUUCUCUAUCUGUCGAAGGAGUCAUCUCGUUUCCACAGAGGUGAGAUUAAUCGAUUUAGUUUUCUUCGAUUUUGUCCUCAGUUUUCGAAUUGACUUAGGGUUUUAAUUUGUUUCGAAUUGAUUUAGGGUUUUAAUCUGUUAGAUAUACGGUUUAUAUUCACUAAGAUUAAUCGAUUUAGGGUUUUCAUCUGUUAGAUAUACGGUUUAUAUUCACUAAGAUUAAUCGAUUUAGGGUUCUUCAAUUUUGUCAUUAAGUUUUGUUCUAACUAAUACUCGAUGGUUCUUAAUUUGCAUAUAUCUUCUCAAAUCAAAGGAGUACACUUAUUUUAGUGGUGAGCUUCUCGUUCCUUUGAUAUUGUUAUGAGAUUUUAGUUUUCUAUUUCAGUGUAGUGAUUUACAUAUACCGUGUGUGAUAUACGCAACCUUACUCAUGUAUUGUACGUACACUUGGAUCUGGAGCACUGUUUUAUUUAACAAUGGACAAGAAUUGGGUUUGGCUACCAAGGUAUGUGUAUGCUUUUCUAUAUAUUUUCAUUUGUUUGGUUAAGUAAAAAGUGUUUGAGAUAUGAGUUUCAAAAUGUUUGUUACUUACAUGGCUAGCCUUGAGUAUCAGGAAGGAGCAUUUGCUUUUGUGAAAGAAUCAGCUUUGAGAUUGGGUCAUCCGAGUGAUAUGUUGUGUCCCUGCAUUGACUACCGCAACUUGUGUCAUCAGCCGACAGAUACAGUGGUGGAUCAUUUAAUUAUCAAGGGUAUGGAUCAGAUAUACAAGAGGAAGGAGAGUUAGUUUGAACAUGGAGAUGCGAAGGCUGAUAAGCCAUCAGAUAUCAGAAGUGAAGAGUAUGUAGUUUAUGACUUGUUCAGAACUGCUUUCUUUGAUGGUGAAGCUCCACAGCCCCAUAACGACGAUGAAGUUCAGAUAGAAAAAGGUGACAGUAAAGAGGAAUCUGAGUUUAGGAAGAAACUGGAAGAUGCUGAAACUCCACUAUACUCUCUAGCUGUCCCAACUACACGAAGGUUUCAGCAAUUAUGGCGCUUUACCGCAUCAAAGUUAAGCGUGGUAUGUCUGAGAAUUACUUCGACCAGCUCCUGACGGUAGUUCAUGACAUGCUUCCUAAAGAUAAUGUCCUUCUAAGUUCAACAGAUGCAAUGAAGAAAUUCUUGAAAGUGUUUGGUUUUGGAUACGAUCAUAUUCAUGCAUGCACAAACGACUACAUACUUUACGGUAAGGAAUACAAGGACAUCAUAAGUUGCCCAUGAUGUGGAAUUCAAGAUGGAAAGGGAUCAGCACACUGGUGAGGAGAGGACAGGGAUUCCAGCUAAGGUUCUAAGGUAUUUUUCAAUUAAAGACAAAUUCAGGAGGAUGUUUAUAUCUAAAAGGAUAGCUGAAGAUUUACCUUUGCAUUUCAAUAAUGCUAGUUCAGAUGGUACAAUGCGGUACCCAGUAGACUCUAUCACUUGGUCCACCGUGAAGGAUAAGUGGCCACAGUUUUCUGAAGAAGCAAGAAACCUCCGGUUUGGACUCUCUACCGACGGUAUGAAUCCUUUCUAAAAUCCAGUUUACAAAAUACAACACAUGGCCGGUGUUAUUAGUCAACUACAAUAUGCAUCCAACAAUUUGUAUGAAAGAAGAGAACAUCAUGUUGACUUUCCUGAUCCCUGGACCAACUGCACCGAGCAACAACAUCGAUGUCUACCUAUCUCCUUUGAUAGAUGAUCUAAAUGAUUUGUGGAAUGAAGGUAUUGUUGUUUAUGACUUGUUUCAGAAGGAAAAUAUCACACUAAAAAUAAUGUUGUUGUGGAUUGUCAGUGAUUAUCCUGGAUUAGGGACAUUGGCUGGGUGUAAAGUCAAAGGGAAACAAGCAUGUACUAUCUGUGGAAAGGAUACACCCUUUAGAUGGUUGAAGUUUACUCGAAAGCAUGUGUAUUUGGGCAACAGAAAGAGGCUGAGACCUGAGCAUCCUUACAGACGAAGAAGAAAAUUGUUUGACAACAAAGUUAAAGAAGGGACUCUAUCUAGAAUUCAAAAUGGAUCAGAAAGUUUUGAGACACUAAAGGAUAUAUCAUUAAUAGAAAUCGGUUUCAGACUGACGAUGUUAUGUGGAAGACUCAGAACAGUGGAGUUACCUAUGAAACCUUCGGCAUGUGUAGAUCCAAUGCCCGAGAUACUGCACAUAAGGCGGACAUGGUUGCAUUCUACGGAGUUAUUGAAGAUACAUACUCCUCGACUACCAUAUGUUUCAGAUUCCACUCUUCAAGUGUAAGUGGGCGAACAAAGGUCACAGUGUGAAAGAAGAGCAAGGAUUUACACUGGUGAACCUCUAAGUGAACUGUAUAUCCAAGAUCUGUACAUUAUGACAUCACAAGCAAAACAAAUCUUUUACGCUAAAGAAGAUGAUUCCUCACAUUGGUAUGUCUGUAUGAGGGUGCCACCUAGAGGGUAUCAUGAGCUUGAGUUAGAGAAGGAGUUUGUUGCCGCAACUUUGACAAUUCCAAAAAUUGAAGAUUAUGUGAACCAGUCCUCUGAUGACGAAAGUUUUAUGUUAGAGAUGACUAUGAAGCAGUCUUAGUAGUGGAAUAGUUGGUUGAAGUAAUUUUUGCUGGUAGUUCAUAGAUUAUUGGUUGUGUUUCAGGUUUGCUAAAAUGGCAAAGUGAGAAGAUACAGUCACUACUCGACGCAGUCGACGUCAAUCAGGCAUUCCCCCAACCCCUGCAGAGAUGAUCAGAAAAAAGCAAACUGCUACUCAGGCUAAAAAACAAUGUUGCCAAGAAGCUGCACAGGAACAAGAAGAACACAGAGAAACUGAAGAGAGUGGAGAAGCUGAUAUGGAAGACGAAGAUGAGUAUUUAGAGGAUGUAACAUUGCAGUACAAUUUAGAAGCUCAUGAAGAGAGUAUGCAGCCUCAGGAAGAGCGUACGCAGCCUCAAGAAGAGCGUAUGCAGCCUCAGGAAGAGAGUACGCAUCCAUCAACUGGAAAAGCUCAAAAUGAAGAAACAAUCACCAAAAAGCGAACUCGAGGUCUAACUAAGAUGCGUAGAGUUGCUAAACAACCAGAGGAAAAGGUUGAUGUUGAAUUCACAUCUCUGGAUGAACAUGUUGGCAAAGGAUCUGUAACUCUGUCAUCCUUUCUUGGACGUCUAGUGAGAGAGGAUGUUCAUGUACUAAUUGAUGAUUGGAGGCACCUCGAUGAAAAAACUAGCUACAUUAUAUGGGAGGAGAUUCAGGUACUCUAUGUAUUUAAUAUAUCCUUCUGAUGGAAGACUUGUCAGACCAUAAUUUGCAGAGACAAUUGUGAGUGUAUACUGAGUUAAUUGACUUAGGAAGUCAUAAGAUAUUGACACAAUAUUGUUGUGUAUCAGGAACAAAUAAAGUCAAUUGAUACUGAAAUGAGAUCCACAUGUAGUAAUAACUUCAGAGAUGAUGUUGUGAGUCAAGUGUUAGGUAAAGACAAAAAUCAAAGAGUCAGAGGGAUGGGCAGAGGAGUUACUGCUUCAAAGCUAGCAUUCAUUCAGGCUAGAAACACGCAUGUGCAGAAGCUUGAAGAGACACAUUUGCAAUUUCUCAAAAAGAUCGAAGAGCUGCAGACGCAUGUGCAGAAGUUUGUGUUUGUCAAAACAUUCUGAUGGUUCUGUAGCUGAGACUACCAGUGCUAGCAAGGUAGUUAUGAAGUGUCAGCUUCUGGAUUGGUGUGAAGUAGGUGAUGUUGUUGUUGGGGAAGGAGAGUUCUGCUGGGCUGAACCAAUGUACAAAAUUGGUCGUGUUCCUCUUGGACCUGGAGCAGCAGCUGUGAUUGUCAAUGCUGUAACAAAAAAUGAUGCUUAUGUCUGGAGGCCAACCACAAGUAUAUUUUCACUUGGACAAGCAUUGGAUAGCAAAAUAUCCUGGCCAGCUGAAAAGAUCAUUUUGGAUAACGACCACGGCUCCACCAAAAAUUCAAACUAUUGCUUCAUCGGCAUCAUCGGAUAAAAUACGCAUCUAUGACUGGACUUGCGAUGAUGUGAUUGCUGACGGUGGUUUGUUUUCAACUGAUCCAAAGCAACUGGUCAACAAUAUUCUCUUUGGACCCAAUGCUGCAAUUGUGAAGACUGAAAAAGUGAUUAAGAAGGAGGCUUUGCGAAGACCUAGUCCUUAGAUGUCAACAAUUGGUGAUGCACUUCGUCUCAGUAUCGCUUGGCCAAUUCAGAAGAUAGAUACUAUUAAUCAGUCACCAUUAAGAGUUUCACCAUUAUUCUCUUCACCUCGGAGUGUUAGUAACAGCUUGGACACAGCUAAAUCAAGUCUAGAGAAGAAGUGCCUCUUGUUGGAUUGCUUAAACUCGGGAAAGACUGUGGCUGAAGACCGUCUUGUUUCCACAAAUCCAGAGGAUAGAGUACACUUUGUCCCGUUAGGAGAAAAUGCUCGCAAGGUCUUUGUUUGAGUGGCAAAUAUUGGAGAUGCAAAAGUUUGGAGACCAAAUGCAGAAGUUGAAUUCAUAUCUGAUGCUCUAGGUACCACUGUGGCUUGGCAUGAUGACAAAGUAAAAAAUUUCUGAUGCUUGUAUGUUUUUGUGUUGUUGGAUCUUUGUCGAACUUCAUAUCAACUGGAAAUGUAAACUUCUAAUGUUUAAUUAAUAAUGUUUAAAUUAUUAGAUUUCA